AUGUCAAGCACAUCAUCUGUCUCUCCAAACUCAAUUCUUCCAUCGUCGAUCACACUAGCCAAUUGUAUAAUCUUUAUGCGAUGUUCACGACCAACCACAGCCUCCCGGAGGCUCUUUGUAAGCUGGAGUGUUGUGGCAUUUGUCUCAUUUUCAUGGGGCAGAAAGUGCGUCCCCAUACUUCAACUCAAAGAUCGCGAUGCGCGCUCAUCUCUUCUCUCUUCUCAUUUCACUAACAUGGCUACGUUCACCGAUGUUUUCAAUCUCGAAGACAGUGCCAUUCCGGAACCAGACGAGUUGAGCGAAGCCAUAUACAAGAGCACAAGACUUGGCUACUUGUUCUCGUCAGCGAAUGAUGGUACCGAAUCACAGUUGAACAUACAGAGACAAGACGAAGCUCAAACCGAAAACCAAAACGAAAUUAAAGCCGAUUCCGAAGCCAAUUCGGAAAACAGAGCCGAAGCACAAGAACUGAACUGGAGACUCUUGCGAGUGCUUGCAAAUGCUCAUCUGGGAUGGGUGCGACUGGUGACGGUUGAUCCUGUCACAAACGACUGGUUCGUUACGGGGUCUUCGGAUUCCACGAUAAAGAUAUGGGACUUGGCGUCGCUGGCAUUGAAGGCAACUAUAACUGGGCAUGUUAUGGGAGUCCGAGCCUUGGCGGUGUCGAAGAAAUUUCCGUAUCUUUUUUCAGGUUCUGAAGAUCGAACUGUGCGAUGUUGGGAUUUGGAAAAGACAAAUUCUUCCCUGGGGAGCCAGAUCAGAGACUACCACGGCCACGUAGGCGGCGUAUAUGCCGUGUCGUUGCAUCCAGAAUUGGAUCUUUUGGUUACUGGCGGAAAAGAUCAGGUGGUAAGGGUGUGGGACAUCAGAACAAGAGCCCAAGCCAUGGUGCUCACGGGGCACCGAAAUGACAUUACAUCGAUAGCAACGGCCAGUGUAGACCCACAGGUGAUCACUAGUUCCAUGGAUGGAACCAUUCGGUUGUGGGACUUGAGAAAUCAAAGAUCUUAUCUUACUUUGACUCAACAUUCCAAGAGCAUUAGACUGAUGCAAAUGCAUCCCACCGAGAUGACAGCAUGUUCUGCUGACAGUUCUGGUAACUUCAAGCAGUGGCUUCUUCCCGGUGGAGAUCUUUUGAAUGAAUUUGGGGAAAGUGGACAGGACAAAAUCGUCAAUAGUCUUGCCAUAGAACCCAACUCCAAUACUCUUUUUGCUGGUUACGACGAUGGCCACAUGGAAUUCUACGACUACGUCAGUGGCUCGCUAGUACAAACCACACGCACGACACCUGCUCCCGGGAGCUCCAAUUCCUCGAUAUAUGCAUCCACAUUUGAUAUGCUGGGUCUUCGACUUUUGACUUGCGAGGGAGACAAAUGCAUCAAGGUUUGGGGAGAGGACUAA